CGAGAAGACGCCGCUACGAGAACACCAUGAGGACCAACCCCAACAUCAUUAUUACGGGCACGCCCGGCGUGGGCAAGACGUCGCACGCGGAGCUGCUGGCGCAAAACACGGGCCUGAAGCACAUGUCGAUCAACCAGGUGGCCAAAGAGCACGAUUGCUACGACGGGUUCGACGAGGAGCUGAACACGGCGAUCGUGGACGAGGACAAGCUGCUCGACGCGAUCGAGGACAGCGUGAAGCAGGGCGGCUACAUAAUCGACUGGCACGCGUGCGACCUGUUCCCCAAGUCGUGGAUCGACCUGGUGGUGGUGGUGCGUUGCGACUCGACGCUGCUGUACGACCGGCUGCAGGCGCGUGGCUACGGGGCCAAGAAGCUGGAGGAGAAUAUGGACGCGGAGAUUAUGGAGGUGCUGCUGGAGGAGGCGCGCGAGGCGUAUGAUGCGGAGAUUGUGGUGGAGCUGCGGAGCGACAAGGCUGAGGACGUCGAGGGCAACGUCGAGCGCAUCGAGAUGUGGAUCAAGAACUGGAAGAAUGAUCACCAGGAUAUGGUGGAGGAGGAUGGUGGAGGAGGACGGUGAGAGUGAGUGAGCGGAUGGGGCAUGUGUGGACAAAACUUGAAGUGGUCUAUAUUGCUCGAUGCUGGUGGUCAAGCGUGGGACGUUCAGUCGGCGUGGUUCUUCAGCCACUCCGUCAGCUUCGCCAGCGCCUUGCCACGGUGGGAGAUCUUGUUCUUCUCCGACUUCUCCAUCUCCGCGUACGUCUGGCCUUCGUACUCAAAGGUCGAAUCCCAGCCUGGGGAAGGGUUAGUAUUGACGAGUCGCUAUCGGGCUUUGGAUGCUUGGACUUACCGAACACCGUUGGGCCUCGGGACGGCACGAUCUUGCCCUGUGGUCAAAGGUCAGGAAACAGUGCUCUGAGAAUGGUCUCUGUGUGCUUACGUCUGUCCUUCCCUGG